AUGGUGACCACUCCAUCGCCGCCUAAUGAACAAGCAAAAGAGCUGACUGAGGAUAAAGAUUCGCUGCCUGAAGAGUCCAUUGCAUCGAGAGCUCCAGGUGAGCCAUUAUUCAUAGAGGGAACGAACAUUCUGCUACAAACUGAAGAGGACAUCGCUAAGUGGAUCGAGGAGAGGAGAAAGAACUGGCCUACAAGGAAGAACAUAGAGGCCAAGCUCAGCCAACAACAUGAAACUGAGCAGGACAGUAAACACGCUCCCCCCCAGAAGAAGGAACAAAAUGUGUGUAAGUUCUUUUCGAGAAACAGAAGAUGCAGAUUUGGCAACAAAUGCAAAAACCUACAUGAAGCAUCAAAUCGGCCUCAAAUGAACCAGAAUGCAAAUGUCAAGACAAUAAAUGGGAUUGAGGUGGCCAUACCUCAACGUUACAAGAGCAAUGCAGACAAAAAUAAAUCCUUCUUUAAAAUGCUCGUACAAAAAGAUCUCUACGAGCACGAGAACGAUAAGGUUCUCGACUUCCUCUUAUACCUCGAUUCACAGGGGAUGAUUGAUCAUGACGUGAACGUCUAG